UGUGUAGUUUCUGCUGCCGUCACACGUCUUCCUGUUCCCUUUCACCUCAAUCUGGUGACCUUUUUUCUUCUUGAUUGAAUGGUAGUUCAACUGUUCAUAUGUGUGUUUGCAACUUACUAACGGUAUAUUUUGUGGAUUGUUUUAAAAAUUAAAAGUUGACAUGGCUGCAACCGAGGAUCUGUCUCCAUCAGUAUUUCCUAGAGUUAGUCCCGAAGAGGAGAUUGACGAUGAUGACGAAGAGCUUGAUGAAACGUUGUCAGAAAGAUUAUGGGGUCUGACAGAGAUGUUUCCUGAGUCUGUCCGUACUGCUGCUGGCAUUACAUUUGAUUACACAUACUCAUUAACAAAGAAAUUGUACAGCUUCACAAGGUCAGCACUGUGGAUUGGUACGACUUCAUUUAUGAUCUUGGUCCUUCCUGUUGUGUUUGAAACAGAAAAACUUCAACUGGAACAGCAGCAGCAACUACAGCAGAGACAGAUUCUUUUGGGUCCCAACACUGGGAUGUCAGGUGCAAUGCCAGGAAUGCUGUCUCCAACACCUGGAAAAAUAUAAUCCAGAGACUCCUCACAAUAGACAUUUUUGUUUGAUCCUUUUUAUUUUUCAGGGUGAGAAAUGGCUGUAUUACCUGCAUAUGGACUUAAUUUGUUCAGUGUAGUGAACUAUCAUUUGUGCAUUUUUUUUAAUGCGAGAAGAUUAAGUCACUAGUAGAAUAUUAUUUUAGUUUGUUUUUUAAAUAAACACUCACACCUUUGAAACACUUACAAGCAACUAUAAAAAAAUGUCCCUUGCAUAAUUUUUUUCUUCAGGUUAUAACAAAGUUGCAUAAUGUUUUUUCAUCUGCCUAAAAGAGUCUGUUCCUGUUUUACUUGCAAAUAUACUGCUUCAUGUUGCUUUUGCCCCAACAUGUCAGCUAUCCAGUUAUCCAAGUCUCAAUUUAUUGGACAGGCAAAGAUAAGUGUUUUUAACACACUGUUGUACUUCUAUAUGAAUCAGUGCAGUGCCUUCGACUUAUCCUUUGUGCUUUUCCAUACUUUGUCCAUGUACCGUGAAGGAGUUCUAUUUUUAUUGACAAGUCACAAGAAAAGUUCUCAUGAAAAUGUCAGUUCUCAGGAGUUUAUGCACAUCUUGUAAGAUUUAUCCGGCAUCAUACUAUCACUUUGAAGCAUGGAUAUACAGCCUUCCAGAACUGAUGACAGCUUUGGAAAUAAAAUGAUAGCUCGUAAGGGACUCGUAUUUUGUAUAGGUGGACCUGUAAGAUCAAAUAAGUGACAUGGGUUAGUAAAGUAAUUGAACAUUGAGUCUAGGAGUGAGUAUUACAAAAGACAAAAUAUCAAACUGUGCUGCCCCCCCCCACACACACACACACACAAACACACACACACAGAAAAGUGUACAGUUCAGUCUGUAUUUUUAUAAGAUGGACUAGCAUGCACACCCUGCAACAUGUUUAAAUGUACUCUGUUGUCAUUGUGUAAUGGAAAUGCCCUUUGUUCAUCCUAAAGACCUAGUCUUAUGUGAAAGAUUCCAUGUAAAGAUUUUUCACAUCUUUUAAAUAAAUGCAUGGUUUCAAGUCCUUUUAUCAUA